UCGCAGGCCAUUGGCUCUGGUCGUAGUGAAGGUGCACGGGUGUGAAGGCAAGCGCGACAGUUGAGGCAUGAUAGAGCCAGAUCAUCUAAUCACAUCGGUGUUUCUUCUUCAACUUGCACAUUUUCCCACAACAUGUUUUCCAGAUCACUACUCAACACACUGUUGAAAGCAGUUCUACCUCGUGUAUCUCCAAGAGUGUCAUUACCCCUCUCAUGGAGCAGGAAUCUCUUCAUCCAAACUGCUGACACACCAAAUGAGAACGCGUUAAAAUUCUUGCCCUCCAUGAAGAUUUUGGGAGAGAGUGAAACCAUGGAGUUUUUGAGUGGGAGAGAAGCAGCAUGCAGCCCUUUAGCAAUGAAGCUCUUCUCAGUGGAUGGUGUGAAGUCUAUCAUGUUGGGGCCCAACUUCAUCACCAUUGAGAAGGUGGAUGAAAGUUUUGAGUGGGCACUUCUAAAGCCUGAAAUAUUUUCCAUUUUGACAGAAGGCCUCACCAACGGUACUCCUAUUUUGGAUGGAUCUGAGCUUUCUAAGGAUAUCGGAUUUGACGAAGAGGACGACGAGGUGAUUUCCAUGAUCAAAGAACUCAUCUUCACGAGAAUUAGGCCCGCUAUUCAGGAUGAUGGUGGUGAUAUUGAGUUUGUGAAUUUUGUUGAGGAAACAGGUACAGUAUUUUUGCGGUUAAAGGGUGCCUGUAGAACUUGCGACUCUUCUUCGGUUACACUUAAAAACGGAAUUGAAAGUAUGUUGAAGCACUACAUCGAAGAAGUGGAAGAGGUGAAACAAGUUGAAGAGGAGGUUGAAGAGGCCGAUGAGUCGUUUGCCAAGUUUGAGGCAGCCAAGAUAGUGCCGCAGUCAAGAGAGGACAGCAGUACGCUCCCUCCAUCUUUGUGAGACGCCCCGCACUUGCUAAACUUGUAAAUAAAUGCGUAAGACUUUCAAUGUGACAUCAAAAUACUCACAUCGGUGACACUCGUCUCAUUUUUUUUCGCAUGGGUCCCCGUGCCCUUGAGUAUCGCAGGGCGAUGAUGGUGUUUUCAAUAAUGGAUUGUGAUGUUUCUGUUACUGGAGAGCGAGUCUCCAAAUUCUACUGUGACUGCACGCAUGUAAAUGAACAGGACCACACUUGGUGGGAUUGUUGAAUUGAGGACUAAAUUCAGGCGCCCGUAAUCAAGGGACUGUGAUAUGAGAGUAUGUGAAGGUGAAGACAGAACCUGUUAUCUCUGGUAGUCUGUGUAGUUCUUAUCCGUUAUGUUUAUUGGAGAUCAUUUCCAGUAUAUUGUAGGAAUUUGUCUGCAUUGUGUCAUUUGCAAUAUGCCAAGUAUUAUUUGUUACUGAC